GUAGCGCCUGUGAUCGACAAACCACGUCUUUUUCGUAUGAUCGCCACUUUGGUUUACUUCAUAACCUAUCUCACACGUACCGUUUAUUACAUUGCGGACUACAUAAUGGCGGAACCACGUGAAAGAACCUUCCUCAUGAUCAAGCCCGACGGUGUGCAGCGAGGACUCGUUGGCACCAUCAUAGAACGCUUCGAAAAGAAAGGUUUUAAGUUAGUAGCCCUCAAAUUCAUGUGGCCUUCAGAGGAACUUCUUAAAAACCAUUACAGCGACUUAGCGUCGCGUCCCUUCUUCCCUGGUCUUGUCAAAUACAUGAGCUCUGGACCAGUGGUUCCCAUGGUAUGGGAAGGUCUCAACGUGGUGAAGACUGGCCGUCAAAUGCUUGGAGCUACUAACCCAGCUGAUUCUCAACCCGGCACUAUUCGUGGAGAUCUCUGCAUUGAAGUUGGACGCAACAUUAUUCACGGCUCCGACAGUGUUGACUCUGCUAACAAAGAAAUCGCUCUCUGGUUUACCGAAAAGGAACUCGUUGGAUGGACUCCAGCUGACGAAAAAUGGGUCUACGAAUAAAAUAUCAGCAUUUAUAAAUUCCACACAUGCGUGAAUUCCAUCUUAAUUACUCUACAACCACAUCGUGUGAGUAGGUAUUAUUUUUAAGUUAAACUGUGAAAUUAAAAUACUUUAUAUAAAAA